AUGAGAUCGCUUGUUGCUCGCGGAGCUCGACGGGCUGCAAAGCUGUUCAUGAAUCUCAAUUCAGUUUCUCAAUGCGUCCUGCUGCUGCUAUCCGUCUGCACUCUCUACACCGAAUGACUUUCCACGUUGGCAAAGGGCGAGUUUCUAAAGUUCGGUAACUUUGAAAAAAAAGUUUAUUUUAUUAUUUUCCUGCAGUCAGGCAUUAUAAGCAUGGACGCUUUGGGGAGCCCGAUGGUGGAUUCAUCAUUCGCCAAACGAAACCCAGCGCUGAGAUUAGUAGACUUGGCAGGAGCUCACCACCAUCCCCAUCAUCACCAUCCCCCUCAGAGCAUGACAGGCUUCCCGGGGUUCAGCGGCCAUCCCCACUCAAUGGCACACACGCACCCUGGGGAGAGUACUGGAGAACCCCGCCUGGGGCCGAGUCCAUUCGGGCCUGAACACAUGGGGCACCCUGCAGCCGCUGCGGCACUUAAACUCAGCCCUUCCCAUCCCCACCACCAUCACCACCAUCAUCAUCACCAUCAUAUGGCAGGCCACGCUGAGGUUGUCUCCAAUCCAACGGCAGCUUUUGGCCCAGCGCAGGCGGCAGCAGCAGUCAGUUACUCGGUCUCGCACUCCCACACCAGCUACACUGCCCAGGCUAUCACGGCAGGUAGAGACUUUCUCAUCCGCAGAGAUCUGACAUCCUCAGUCAUGCCUGGACUCACAGAUCAAUAUCCUGGCACAAGUUCUCACCACGGAAUGUUUGUAUCAACAACAGGUAGCUAUCCCGGACACCAUGGUCACCCCGAGGCUGGAAGCCACUCUCUAUUCCCUGGACUGCAUGAUCAGCCUCCCCAUGCAGCCCCAACUGGACACCAUCUGAACGGACAGUUAAGACUGGGGCUACCUGGAGACAUGUACGCCAGGUCUGAGCACUACAGCCAAGUGGCAAGUUCCAGGAGUGAUCCUUUUGCUUCUUCCCCUCUACAUAGCUACGGUGGCAUGAACUUAGCUGCCCACCACGGUCCAGGUGCUUUCUUUCGCUACAUGAGGCAACCUAUCAAGCAGGAACUGAUCUGCAAGUGGACUGAGCCGGACCCUGUCACUAAAAAGCCAUGCUCAAAAACUUUUAGCACGAUGCACGAACUUGUUACUCACGUAACAGUGGAACACGUUGGGGGACCAGAACAGUCGAACCAUAUCUGCUUCUGGGAAGAGUGUCCAAGAGAGGGAAAGCCUUUCAAAGCCAAAUAUAAACUUGUAAAUCACAUCAGAGUCCACACUGGCGAGAAACCAUUUCCCUGUCCAUUUCCUGGCUGCGGGAAAGUCUUUGCCCGAUCAGAAAAUCUCAAGAUCCACAAGAGGACUCACACAGGUGAAAAACCCUUUAAAUGCGAGUUUGAAGGCUGUGACAGACGUUUUGCUAACAGCAGCGACAGAAAAAAGCACUCUCAUGUGCAUACCAGUGACAAGCCCUAUAACUGCAAAGUAAGAGGUUGUGAUAAAUCGUACACGCACCCUAGCUCCCUUCGUAAGCAUAUGAAGGUCCACUGCAAAUCUCCUCCUCCAAGCUCGGGUUAUGAAUCCUCCACACCUUCGCUGGUAUCACCGUCUUCGGACUCAGGUCGGGACCCCCCAGCUCCAGCAUCCCAGCUUGACCCCAUCACAUCUUCCCACGCAGCUAACCUGAGCGAAUGGUAUGUGUGUCAGAGCACGGGAGCAAGCGGUAUCCCAACUCCUCCAAGCAAUUCAUCAUCACCUGGACCAGGAGAACAUUCUUACAGAAACUCUGAUCCCAGAACUAUUCUAUAA